CAAAUAGGGUUAAAAGCUGUCUCUAUGGAAACAUAUUAAAAAUUGACCAAUUUUGAAAUGCUUAAUUUUUGAUAUAUAUUUCCAUAGAGACAGUUUUAAAAUAGAAGGUGACUUAAACAACUUCUUUUUGUUUUUAAAACUAAACCAAUAUUUAUAUUAAUUUACCACUAUGUGGAACAAAGUCUUUAAUAUAACAAUAAGGGUGGCUGGUGCCUCCCUGUGUAUCUACACGGCAUAUAAAGCACUGAAAUAUUUCAAGUAUUCGACUGUGGAUCGUCCCGAGUUCCAUGAACGUCAAGAAUUGGAAAGGAAACGGGACAAAAGAAGAUAUAUUCCAGGUAAAGGAUUAACCAGUGAAUUCUUUUUAUGCACCAUAUCUCCUGAUGAAAGCGAAGAUGAAGGAGGGCGCCCCUCAACCAGUGCCCAGCCUGAAAGACGGUGCCCGAUAGGUUUUCCCGAGCAUGAUAUCCUCGAAGGGAUUUAUACUCGCCCUAAUAGAGCUAAAAAUUUGCAUCCAAAGAAAGAACCUCUUCCUGCUGUCACUGAAAAGAAAGAGAAUGCACCCGAGAAAAAUCCAAAGCCUGAAGAUGAGCAGCAGCCAGGGGGAUCUGGGUCAACAUGAAUCCAUUUUCCAAAAUGCACGGGCAGUAAGUAAAGGCAGAUCGGGCUUUAGUUUUUAUGUGAAUGUAUACGUGAAUGAUUGAAUACAUAUUGAAUGAGGAGGGACACUGUGCUUUCACGUAUUAAACGACACGAAUCUUCUAGACUACCCCUAAACCAAAUUAUGCCCAAAUGAAAACAAAACCCUUUCAAAAUAGCUCGGGGACCACUGCCUAUAAUGAACUAUAUGUACUUCGUAUUGAUAAUAUUUGUGCCUCUACUCUAAGCAAGUCUAAUAAACAUGAUACUCAUAUUUAAUGUGCAUGACCAGAAGCGCAAAGGUCAUCAUGAUUAAAACUACAGAGCGUUACAUAGCAAUGAUUCAUCUUGACAUGUAAAGUAAGGCCAAAUAAUUCAAUUUACUCAUACAUUCUGUAUACAAAUGACAUUCUUUAUACAACGACGAUACAAUACAUUUCUGGUACUAUUUCUGGAUUGGAAAAUGACCUUGAACACACAGAUAUAAUAAGAAGAUUAAAAGUAAUAUUAAAUUCAAGGUAGAGUUAAGGAGAUGAACAUUUUGGUGCAAAUCAAUGUUCCUAAAUCUUCAAAAUCUAGGCCCAACAAUUCAAGACCCUGUGAAAAAAUAUGCUUGAUUAGAUACAUAAUUGAACCAAAAAUAAGCAAAAGGUGAAGUGGCUCUAGUAACUGAAAAACUGCCAGAAUACAUACUAUCUACCAACUACUGCAGAAAAUGGUUGAAUGAUACAAUGAAUAUGAAAACUAUCCCGGCCUCUUUGUGAUUGUAGAAAAUACUUUUCACUGUGACAUG